AUGUCACAUAUCGACGGUGCUGAGGUUGCUAAGCACAAUAAGAAGAACGAUUGCUGGAUUGUGCUGGACUCUCAUGUGUACGAUGUCACGAGCUUCCUGUCUAAACAUCCGGGCGGCGGGCCGAUCAUCUUGAAGAAUGCUGGGACUGACGCGACAGAAGAAUUCAAGAAAUACCAUCCGCUGAGUUACUUGAGGGACUACAUCUCACAAGAGGCUGUUCUGGGACCGGUCGAUCCAAAUACUCUCGGACAACUACGAGAACCCCAGAAAGAAGAAGCAAAGACGCCAUCAGAAACAAACACAUCACCUGGCAUCCCACAUGUAUCGCUGUGUGUUUCAACGCCAGACUUCGAGACGGCUGCAAAAGCCAUUCUACCGCACAAGUCUUACAUCUACGCAUCUGGAUCAGCCAACACCGGCGCAUCGCUCAAGCGUAACCUGGACGACUGGGGCCGCAUCACGUUCCGCCCCCGUGUGAUGCGCAACGUGGGCGAUGUCGACACGCGCCGCAAGAUAUUUGGACACAGCUCGCAAUACCCGUUCUACGUCUCGCCCAUGGGAACAAUUGGCGCUAUUCACUCAGACGCCGAACCGGCAAUGAUCCGGGGUGCGGUGCGGAAGGGUGCGCACAUGGUCGUCAGCACCGCGAGUUCAAAGUCUAGCGAGCAGAUCAUGCAGAGUUAUGUAGAUGAGCAAGCCAGACUGAAGAACGGGAGUGCGACGCAGCUGUUUUACCAAUACUACAUGCCUGUCGACCGAAAGAAGGCGAUUGAGCUGAUGCACAUGGUCAAGAAGGGCGGGUACAAGGGGCUGUGGAUCACAGUCGACACACCCGUGCUGGGGAAGCGAACAGCGGACCGCUUCUUACAGGCCGAAGAGGCGCUGGCCGUUGGACUCACAGAAGAGCCGACCGCGGAAUGGGAGACGGACAGCGCGCCAGAGAAAGACAAUGCAGCGGGCAGCGAUAAUGCGUUUGCGCCAGCAAUGGGUGGAAGGGUGGUCCGCGGCCAGCUCAGCCCGCACACAACGUGGGAGGAUCUAGAGUGGGUGCGCAAAGAGUGGGACGGGCCGAUUGUGCUGAAGGGCAUUCAGACUGCUGAUGAUGCGAAGCUCGCGCUCGAGUAUGGCUGCGAUGGCAUUCUGCUCAGCAACCACGGUGGGCGCCAGAUGCACACUGCGCCGAGCGCACUGAUGACUCUGCUGGAGAUACGAGCGUAUUGCCCUGAGGUAAUUGGCAAGCUGGAGAUUUUCCUGGACGGCGGGCUGCGCGACGGAAACGACGUGUUGAAGGCGCUAUGUCUCGGUGCGACCGCAGUCGGUGUCGGCAGGCCAUUCCUCUACGCACUCGCUGCGUACGGGACGAAAGGCGUCGAGCGAUGCGUUGAUGGUGAGUUUGACCAAACAUGCGCGGAUUUUCGAAGCUGACCGACCGCAGUGCUUGCCGAGGAGCUGCAGACGGGAAUGCGCUUGCUGGGCAUCACGUCCUUGGAUCAGUGCAGACCAGAGAUGGUCAACGCCAGCCGCUUGCUGAAUGAGAUGUGGCGGCCGGAGCAUCUCGUGCUGAAGAGUCGAUUGUGA